UUUUUUUACUCUUAAUCUUGCGGAACACAGAAGAACAAGUGACUCUUCUAAGGGAAAUUAAGUAAUUUUGAAGAUACCUAAAAAAACUUCAUUUUCCAGUUUCGAUUCAGGUAAUAACCCUAAAAAUAAAAUGAUUUAAAGAAAUCUAAUUACCUUUGGAAUAUGAAAACUGUUUUAAAUCCUCCAAAGAACUUAAAUUUUCAAAUUCAAGCCCAUUUAACAAACAUAAUUCAUUAUAGACUAAAUUUGCAAAUUGGAGCAAAUUAUCUUCAGAAUAAACAAGUUCGAAAUAGAGACCAAAUUGUGUACACAAAUGGAGUGGCCUAAAUUAAGAAUUUUUGAAUAAAAUUAAAAAGUAUAUCUAACCUUCCAUUGAAAUCAUCAUAUAAUAACUUUAUAAGAUCUACUACUGAGUGAUUAACUCUCAGCAUUUCAUAAUAAUUUACUUAUUUUAAGUACCUAUGUAUCAGGUCACUACAAAUGAAAUAAUUGUUGUAAAUUGUCAAGAUAAACUAGAAAAUAAUUUGUUAAAUUAUAAUGGAGAAUGAUUCCAUUGUUUUAUUGUUUGAUUUGGAUGAAACUUUAGCUCUCUCCUUUAAACCUGUAUCUGACGAAAUGAAAAGCUAUUUACUAAUGUGUAAAGAAAAAGGUUAUCGCAUUGCUCUAGUCUCUGGUUCAGACUUCAAAAAAGUUGCAUCUCAGCUGAACCCCGAGUUUUCUAAAAAUUUUGAUUUUCUUUUCUGCGAAAACGGCACUCAAGUAUAUAAAAAUGGCGAAUUAGUCCAUUCAGAGUCUAUUGUCAAUUUUUUACCUGAUUCUCUCUAUAAGGAUUUGGUUAAUUAUGUUUUGGUAUACAUUUCAAAGUUGGAUAUCCCGAAAAAAAGGGGUUGUUUUAUUGAGUUAAGGAACUCAAUUAUUAAUAUUUCUCCUAUCGGUCGUAACUGCUCAGAACCUGAGCGUCAUGAGUUUUACGAAUACGACUGUGUCGAAAAAGUUCGACUUAAAAUGUGUCAAGAUCUCACUCAAAGAUUUAUGAAUAGUGAGCCUAAAUUACACUUUUCUGUUGGUGGUAAAAUCUCAGUUGAUGUUUUCCCCGAGGGCUGGAGCAAGACGUUUUGUCUUCAAUUUUUGGAUGGAUAUAAAACUAUACACUUCUUCGGUGAUAUGACGGACCCCGGUGGUAAUGAUUAUGAGAUUUUUGUUGACCCUCGCGUUAUUGGACAUAAAGUACUCAAUUAUCAUGAUACAAUUAAACAACUAAAUGAACUCUUUCUCAACAAAUAACCUCUCAGUAAUAUAUACUAUAUA